ACAGUAUUAACAUCAACUAUCAAAUACAACGAAUACGUGACAGAUAAAGGGGAAAAUAUUUCAAUACCAUGUAUUGCUGAUGGCAACAUAAUGUGGGUCAAAGAAAAUGGCAGUAAUAAUAGCACAAUUAUACAGACAGGUAAAUAUUUGGUACUCACAAAUGUCUCGGCUUCCGAUAAAGGUUUGUACGUGUGUUUUGCUGCUGUGACAUCUAGUCAAAGUCUGGAAUAUGAUGACCACAAUGACAACAAUAGUACUUCAUUAAGAGAACAUAAACAACAAAUUGAUAAAGAUGAUGAAGUAGAACAAAAUGACGAUGAGAAUGGUGAAGACGAUGAUGACAGAAAUGAACAAGUGCUUUUAACAUCGACUACAACAAAAAUAAAUCAUGAUAAUGAUACAACAUUUGUUAAGCCUUUAGUAGAAAAUAAAAAUAUGAUAAUACACAAAACAACAGCAACAACAACACAAAAUGCUUCAACUACCUCAAUGCUUCCAAUGCCUAAUGUAACUAGAACAGCUACAACAACAAAAACACCAACUUUAUCAGUUUCAGCCUCAGCUUCUGCCUCCGCAACAACAGCAACUACAACAACUAUAGUUAUUAAAACCUUUACGAAUGCUAAUAUUUCCACGCUUCACCUAACAAAUCACACCCGAAACCCUGACCACAACAGCAACAACAACACAAAUAGCAGCAGCAGCAACAGUUAUCACAGUUUUAGCAAUAGCAAUAGCGGCAGCAACAGUAAUAGUAGUAGUGAUUUAAAUUUUACCACUUUUUCCCCCAUUACCACCAGCACCACUAUUGAUGACAUAGAAGAACAAGAAUUUCAAGCAUUCCAAAAAAUUAAUCUAACUGUUCGUACCCCACCUGGCCCGGUAACUAAAUUGUACUUUAAAGCUUCAACAAUUUUGGGUUUCCUGAUUUGGCGUUUUAAUAAAACCAAUUCGGGUGGUUAUCCAGUUCGCAGUUUUACUGCGGAAUUUCGUAAUGUUUCGUAUGUCUCACCACCGUUUAAUAGUAGUUUUGAGCAUAAAUGGAGUCGUAUGGAUCCCAUAAAUAUUGCACCAAAUGUGAAACAACCACAACAACACCAGCAGCAGCAUCAGCAAAAGAAGGACAAACAGCAAACAGUUGGACAUCCGGCGGAAAUGAAUGUUUUUAAUAAUCAAUGUGUUUUAUAUAAUAUUGACUGUAGUGUUGAUAGUGAUGGCAGCAUAUCUGUUGUCAGACACUAUUUACUGCAACGUAUCUGGACAAUGAAAUGUAUUUAUGGCAAAAUAAUCCAAAUCUCUUUAAUAUGUUCAUCAUUAUUUGGCCUAUCCGUUUUACUAACGAAUUUCCUGUGUAUUUGUGAAUUAACUGAAAUUAUGUAUGUUGCAGUAACUGCACUCGCCUAUCAGUCAUUCGAUCUAAGAGAGGUUUUGCAUGGUCUGCAUAUGGUUUUGCCAAUGGUUAUAAUCUUAUUAAAAAUGUGCUCGUUAAGUGAUAAAUGUUCGAAAAGGAAAUUCUUCGUAUAUCAGGGUUUUCUAUAG